AUUUCAAUUUUAGUUCAUUUACCGCUAACAUCUGAACUGUACGUCGCGUCAUUGUUCCAAUAAAAAAAUACAAUAACUUGCGUAAAUAGUUUGUUAAUUAUAUUUAAAAAAAAAUGUAUAGAUCAAUUAUCUAUUUAAGCGUUUUACUGUGUUGUGAAUUUGUAUCCGGUAUUGACGUAUUCCACGAGGGAUCAAAAAUAACGUUUCACCCCAACGAUGGAGGGUCAGGUUAUUUUGGUUACAGCGUCUCUCUGAGCUCCUACGGUCUCGUAGUUGGUGCGCCAAAAGCUGUGGCCAAAAUGCCCUCCUCCGUUUCAUCAGGUUUGGUCUACAACUGUCCUCUAAAGGACACGAUGGAUGCUAGCAACGUUACUUGCAAUGUAAUUAGUCUGGGCAGCUCGCGAUAUCUGGGUUACGUGUCGUUUUUAGACGAAAUGAUCAAGGAUGACAUGUGGUUCGGUGCAACCAUAGCCCCCAUGUCGAAGAACAAACUAUUGAUCUGCGCUCCUCGUUGGCUGGUCACGUACAAACGCAAGCAUUACUUGGCGAACGGAGUGUGUUUUUUACACAAAAACGAACGAGACUGGAUAUUGUAUCCAUUGAGGGACAUGGAUCGCCAGGCUUUCGUGGUAAACGGUGACAGGAUUGAAUACGGGGAAUACGGUCUCCAUGUCAACUUCUACGCUUACGGUCAAGCGGGAAUGUCGACCAAAGUGACCGAAGACAAUUACGUGAUCGUGGGAGCCCCUGGACUACUGCAAUGGACAGGCGGUAUCGUGAGUUUCAAAUACAGCCAGGACGAGGAGAGCUCGUAUAUCAGCAAACAGACAACUUCGAAUCCUUACUACACCCGGGAUCUUGAACCUUAUAGCUAUUUCGGUUACAGUGUAGAGUCUGGGAUAUUCGAACCAAACGGGAGCGUAUUGUAUGUAAGCGGAGGUCCGCGUGCACAUAUGGGCUAUGGAGAGGUUUUAGUCUUCAAACCAGUUCAAAGAGAGAAGGAUCCCUUGAAUAUCUUGGCGAAAUUGGUAGGACCGCAUCUCGGAGCUUAUUUUGGAGCUAGUCUUUGCUGUACAGACAUUGAUGGUGACGGCCGAUCAGAUCUGCUGGUUGGAGCACCAACGUAUGUGAAGAAAGACGGUGGACUGCCUUUUGAUCAAGGCGCCGUAUUCGUUUACAUGACUCGAGAGAAAGAUUCGAGCUUUGUUUUAGAAGAAGCGGGUAUGGUCCUCGGCUCUGGUGAGAGCGGAGCUCAUUUUGGGAUAGCUAUUGCUGAUUUGGGUGAUAUUGAUGGGGAUGGCUAUAAAGAUAUUGCCAUAGGCGCACCCUGGGAGGAUGAAGGAACUGGCGCUGUCUACAUUUACAAAGGACAUAAGAAAGGUUUAAGAAGUAAUCACAUUCAGAGGAUAUCGCCAGAAGGCGCAAGAAGCUUUGGAAUGUCAAUAUCUAAAGGAUACGACGUGGAUAACAAUAACUGUAGUGAUCUAGCCGUGGGUGCUCAUGAAAGUGCUGAAGUUUACCUCUUCAGAUGCAUUCCAUCCAUGGACGUUCACGCUCAGAUCGAAGUUCCAGAUGCCAUCAAUUUACCACAGAACACAACCGAAUUCACAGCGCUUGCCUGUAUUGAGAUACCCGAUAAGCCUUUGUGGCGACACGUUAAAUUAUAUAUAAAAUCACGAAUAAUCGUUGACCCGGAACAAAACAGAGCGCAGGUAUCGGGCGAUUCGGAAACUAUUGUAGUGGCGAGGCCCGGAGACAAACAAUGCACUGAACGGACUAUUGCGGUUAAACCUACUGCCGAUCUCUCAACACCGAUAUCCCUGAAACACGAAUUAGUUCUAGAAGAACGCCUGAAGAAAGACUCAAGAGAAUUUUUAUAUGAUGCUGCGAGAUUAUCUGAAGAGUCAACUCUACGCGCCACAUUCUUAUUGCAAAUAUUAAGGGACUGUGGUAACGAUCUCAUCUGCUUACCAUGGCUGAAGAUGACUCUGGAACCGCUGACAAGUCCAUAUGUUCCAGGUACAGACGACAAAUUAGGAUUUAAAUUGAAGAUAUUGAAUACCGAAGAACCGGCUUACGGUGCUAAAGUCAACAUUACUCUUCCGUCUGCCCCUAAGAGAGUUCCAAGCGAAUGUUCUUUAGAAGAUUUAAUCAUGAACUGUGAUGUGCCAGCCCCUUUAUUGAGGAACGAAGAAAUAGUUUGGGAGGUUGAACUGGAAUACACUGAGGAAGCUGAUAAGUUUAUUGUUGAAGCUGAAUUGGCAGAUUUAUUGUAUAGGACCAUUACUGAUGAUGCAAGCAAAGAAUUGACAAUCGAUGUAAAUCCUGUGGCUAAUUUCAGUAUUAGUGGUAAUCAAUUACCAAAUAUUACCAUUCAUGUCUCGAGAGAUAAGCUGAAUGACGGCGAGAUGAUAUUAUUUACGCAUUUUUAUAAGAUCACGAACUACGGGCCCUCAAAUUGGCAUGUUUUGGAUGCUGACAUCAUCAUACCAGAAAAGAUUGAGCUGAUUGAUUCGCUGAAGGGCUGCCACAGCAUCAAAUCACACGUGGAAUGCGGAUGGUCCGUACCAGCUAUGGUAUCCAUGCCGGUGAUUCUGAAUUUACGGUUCAACUUGUCUAAGCACGGAGAUUUUCUACAAUCCAACAAUAAUUUCAACGUCACCACUGCAAUCGUGCUGCGCUUGAAGGAUCUAAAUAAAUCAUUCGAAAUCACAACCACGUUGAUUCUGGAGCCGGUUCCACCGAUCUGGCCACAAAUAGUUGGCUCGGUGGUCGGCUUCAUUGUUCUUGCUGCAAUUGUGUUCGGAUUAUACAAAGCUGGUUUCUUCUCGAGGAAACAAAGGGAUCAACUGAAACUGCUUCAAGACGAAACACAAAGUGGCCAAGAGACGCUUGAACAUGUCAAUGACGAGAUCAAACAAUCAACAUCAGAUUUACUGGAAGACACAUAAAGUCUAAGAAUUAAUGUUAGAAGCGCAUUAAGAUAGACCAGUAGUAGAGGGUAUUGCGGACUUAGAUACGGAUACUGGUAAUCUGUUUCUAAAGUAAAAUAGUCGUGCAUCUCAGCUUGAAGGUCCUCAAGUUAUCUUUCGAAGUUUCCCCCGUAACUCCUACGACCAUUUUCAACUGGUCGGCUGUUUUGUAAUUUUGUCUAGUUAGGAGCUAUUGUAUUGUCUAUUUCAGGAGCGAAGCUAUCAUUCCAGUUUAAUAAUUUCCAAUUUAAACGGGAAAAUAUGUAUCAUUAUUAUUCCGUUUUGAUAUUGAAAUCACUAGAGCUUCGGUGUUAAUAAAUUCUUAACAAUUAAUAUUUCUCGUUAACGAUAUUCUGUUGGAUAUCUUUGAUUGUUCGCAACACCGUUUCCGAAAUCCAAAUUUGUAGAACCGUUAAAAAAAACAAAGAUUUCUCUGAAAAUUUUAUCGAAUGUUGUAGCCUGAAAAUUCUCGUAUUAGCUGUCACGAUUUCACAUUGUCGAAUGUUUGCAAAUAAUAUGUUGAAGUGAUAUAUUAUGUAAAUAUAAUGUUAAGUUCUCUUUCAGCAAAUUUUCUUUAUCCUCUCUCUCUUUAUAUUUUGCGCCAGUAUUUUAGUUAACUUGAAAAUAAAACGAUUAGUUUUAUAGUCUUUAGUUUCCGAUUAACGUAGUAUCGCUCUGCUGUAUCGAUUCGUAAUGAUAUUGUUAUGCGCUGGGGUUCGGAAUAAAUAAAAAAUUCUACCGAAUUACAAGUUAAUACUGUAUUCAACACCUAGAACACUUAAAACACUUCACAAUCACUUUUAAUUUCUCAAUUCGCUUCUUCCGCUUCGCUUCAAGUGACCCGUUCGCUGUUUCGCUUCGAGUAGUUCCGCUUACUGACCGCUGCGUGCCAUCUCUGCAACGCUUUUAUAGUCGAUACCACAUCCCUAAAAUUAUCGAGAACAUUCCACACUUUUCUAGUAUUGGGUUUCCGCUAUUUAACAAUAGAUGGCGUUGUACUUCCCCAGGAUUCUAGGUCCUUCGAUAUUCGUUCGACUAUUCGGCGAUUGAUGGCGUUUCUCUUCCCGGCGUAACAAUAUUUUACUUAGUAUUUUCUCGAUUUUCGCGACACGUUUUUAAGACAUAAUUAAAACUGCUCACUUGAACGGUUUCAUCUCUAAUUUAUUAUUUUUAUUUCAUUAGUUCAAACAUUUUCCGUUAUGACAGACUUAGUUUCAUUAACGCUAUUUAACAGUAGUAAUAAAAUAAGUUUUAAUUAUCAUAAUUAUGUAAAUAAAAAUACCAGAAAUGUAAUAGAACAUUGUAUGGUAGAAUUUCAUUGUUUUGUAACAUCCUUAAGUUUUAAUGUAAUCGGUAUGCUAAUCUCUAAUAAUAGCAACGCAAUGACCAUUUAGCAUUAAAAACGUUGGAUAAUGAAUCUUAAUAAAAUGACAUAGUGUUGUAAAAGAAACUUUAGAAUACGUAAGUUAAUUUAAUAUUUAAGUAUAAGAAGUUUUAAUAUACUUGUAAGACAUU